UUCAUCAUGGGUGACUUUUUCUCAAGUAUUUUUUCCAGUCUUUUUGGAACCCGGAAAAUGAGGAUUUUAAUUUUGGGACCAGAUGGAGCAGGAAAAAACCACAAUUUUGUAUAGAUUACAGGUUGGAGAAGUGGUUACCACCAUUCCUACCAUUGGACUUCAUGUAGAGACAGUGACGUACAAAAACCUUAAAUUCCACGUCCGGGAUUUAGGAGGACAGGCAAGUAUCAGGCCAUACUGGAGAUGUUACUAUUUAAACACAGAUGCAGUCAUUUAUGUAGUGGACAGUUGUGACCGAGACCGAACUGGAAUUUCCAAAUCAGAAUUAGUUGCUAUGUUGGAGGAAGAAGAGCUGAGAAAAGCCAUUUUAGUGGUAUUUGCAAAUAAGCAGGCCAUGGAGCCCGCCAUGGAGCAGGCCAUGGAGCAGGCCGUGACUCCCUCAGAGAUGGCAAAUUCACUUGGGUUACCUGCCUUAAAGGAUUGCAAGUGGCAAAUAUUCAAAACAUCAGCAACCAAAGGCACUGGCCUGGAUGAGGCCAUGCAACGGUUAGUUGAAACAUUAAAAAGCAGACAGUAAUUCAUUCACAGCAGGUCCUCUGAAACGAAGGCUACUUCACC